CACCGCUACACGACUCUGCAGAGUUCAGAACAGCUCCUUUCAGAGCGCUCGUCGUGAUAAGAAAGGAAGUCCAGCAUUCGGACGAAUCGGUAUUUCGCGGACGGGGUGUGCUCUCAGCUCACCGGUAGCCAGAUUGGGGCUCGAGGAACAUCGCGCUUCGUAAAGAUGAUGGCCGACAACACUGAAUGCCUUCGCUCCAGAACGUGUGAUCUAAAGGCGUGUUUGAGGAUGAGCAUGCUCGUAUUGCGAAUGCCGAAUCAUUGCUGGUGGCGUAUACCUCGACAAGAAGGGGUACGGGGUGAUGGUUGUCGCUCUACGGCUAGGUCCUGCAGUCCUACGCACGAGGGCUCAGACCCGGCUAGAGGCGCCAACAUCGGUGACAGUUGCCGUUGUCGAAGUACUGGAGUAUUUGGUUCGUGUCUCGUCGGUUUCGCUGCUCCAUUAGGUAUCACAAUGGGGCCAAAAGAGGCUAUAUCUGGACCGGCUGGCUGGAACGAUUGCAGAUCUGCGGGAAGCUGCAUCCUGGAUUGUACUAAGAGACGAGACAGCGGAGAAUUUUAACAAAUCGGAGAGGCUCUGACGGCUGGUUAUUCCACCGCUGCCGGACUGCACUUUUUUUUAUAGAUGGGUACGGCAACCGGAGCGCCCGUUUGGUGAUCCUCGUAUUUGCGACGCAUAUUGUUGGCUGCAACGCCACCGAAUGGAGCCACCCUGGAUCGGUGGUCCGCGGCCCUGAGUAUUCGCACCAGUGGCAGCGACGU